AUGAAUAAUUUUGUGUCGGCUACGUUUCCGAAUAUGAACGUGACGAUGGUCGACAUCAACCCGGCUACGAAACCAAUGGCUAUCGAGCAGUUUAAUGUUGUGGAAGAUAAGCUUUCCCGCAUCAUAAUUCAAGACGGUGUGCAAUUCGUAAAAAAUCAGCUGGCGGUUGGGAAUGACAAUAUUUUCGACGCUAUUCUGAUAGAUGCUUGUUACAACGAUGCAAAGCAUGACAUGCUUUGCCCUAUCGAAUUUUUUACUGAAAAGGCUUUUAUCAAGAAUUUGAAGAGUUUUAUCCGGAAGAGUGGUAUAAUCGUCUUUAAUCUACUAGUAAUUGGCCAUAAGAAGCUGAAAAUCGAAAAAGAAGUAAGACUUCCA